CAUUGCCACAAAGAGGGAAGAGGCUGUGGGCCGGUUCCUCUCAGCUUACCAACUCCCGACCUGCGCGCUACACCUUUCGCAAACUCACCUGGCAGAAGUGCAGAACACAUCAACCGAUCAAUUUUCACAUUUUUUGUUGCCCAUUAUUGGAAUCAAUCCAAAUUCUUGAUUGCUUGCGAGCAAACACCAGACUGAAAAGCUUACAGUGCCGCAAAUGUCAAUGGCGUUACGAAGGCUAUUGAGCUCUUCCCCACUUCUGCUUCGUCCUCUCUGCAAUGGCAGCUCCUCUCUUCGGUACACGUCCUCAUUGCCCAAUCAAUCUGUUCGAGGAAAGGAGGACCCACGCGUUACGUGGAUAAAGCAAUUGAAUGCCCCUCUCGAACAAAUCGAUCCAGAGAUAGCCGACAUCAUCGAGCUAGAAAAAGCUCGCCAAUGGAAGGGGCUGGAGCUUAUACCAUCUGAGAAUUUCACUUCAGUGUCUGUAAUGCAAGCUGUUGGAUCAGUGAUGACCAACAAGUAUAGUGAAGGGUACCCUGGGGCUCGAUACUAUGGAGGAAAUGAGUAUAUUGAUAUGGCAGAGAGGUUGUGUCAGAAGCGUGCUUUAGAAACUUUCCAAUUGGAUCCUGAGAAAUGGGGAGUCAAUGUUCAGUCACUAUCAGGAUCUCCUGCAAACUUUCAAGUAUAUACCGCUUUGCUGAAACCACAUGAGAGAAUCAUGGCUCUCGAUCUUCCUCAUGGCGGACAUCUUUCACAUGGUUAUCAGACGGAUACCAAGAAGAUUUCUGCUGUCUCAAUCUUCUUUGAGACAAUGCCAUACAGAUUGGAUGAGAGUACAGGAUACAUUGACUAUGACCAGCUUGAGAAAAGUGCAACACUCUUUAGACCAAAAUUAAUUGUUGCUGGUGCAAGUGCUUAUGCACGUCUGUAUGAUUAUGCACAUAUUCGCAAGGUAUGUGAUAAGCAAAAAGCUGUAAUGUUGGCGGACAUGGCACACAUUAGUGGCUUGGUUGCUGCAGGGGUCAUUCCCUCGCCCUUUGAGUAUGCAGAUGUUGUUACAACCACAACACACAAGUCACUUCGUGGGCCACGUGGGGCAAUGAUCUUUUUCAGGAAGGGACUGAAGGAGAUUAACAAACAAGGAAAAGAAGUUAUGUAUGACUAUGAAGACAAAAUUAAUCAAGCUGUUUUUCCUGGACUUCAAGGUGGCCCCCACAAUCACACAAUUACAGCCUUAGCAGUUGCUCUGAAACAAGCUACGACACCAGAAUACAAGGCUUAUCAGGAGCAAGUUCUCAGUAAUUGCUCAAAGUUUGCCAAGAGUUUGUUAGAGAGAGGCUAUGACCUUGUUUCUGGUGGGACUGACAAUCAUCUGGUCCUGGUAAAUUUAAGAAAUAAGGGUAUUGAUGGCUCCCGAGUUGAAAAGGUUUUAGAGUCGGUGCAUAUAGCAGCUAAUAAGAAUACAGUUCCCGGAGAUGUGUCUGCCAUGGUGCCUGGUGGCAUUCGUAUGGGAACCCCGGCUCUCACGUCUAGAGGAUUUGUUGAGGAGGAUUUUGUUAAAGUGGCCGAGUUCUUUGAUGCUGCUGUAAUGUUGGCACUUGAGAUAAAAGCCAAGGCACAAGGAACAAAGUUGAAGGACUUCGUGACAGCUAUGAACUCCAGUUCCAGCACACAAUCUGAGAUUGCAAAGCUCCGAUCCGAGGUCGAGGAUUAUGCAAAACAAUUUCCCACAAUUGGGUUUGAGAAGGAAACCAUGAAAUACAAACACUGAACUUUUCAGAAGAUAGGUAGUUAGAGGAUGCAAUCUCACUCCCAAUUCAAAUGACAAGAUUUGAAUCCCAAUUGUUCAUGAAAUCAAGAGUGCUGUGGUGCAAUGAAGAUCAACACUAAAAAUGAUUCUAGAAAAUGUGUAUAAAAUAUUUGUCUUCCCUAAAAUCCUAUGCUUUUUUACCAAAACAUAGAAAAUCUCUAUUCAUUUAAUUUUACCUUAGUACAUCAUUGCCUUU